AUGCGCAGAAGUGCCUCGCCCGAGACGAGCAGCGCCGUGCAGCGGCCUGUGUUCGCACUAGCUUCAGCCCGGGUGGGCGGGGCUUACCUCAAGCAACUGGGCGGGGCUUGCCUCAAGCAACUGGGCGGGGGUUACCUCAAGCAACUGGGCGGGGGUUACCUCAAGCAACUGGGCGGGGGUUACCUCAAGCAACUGGGCGGGCAACUGGGCGGGGGUUACCUCAAGCAACUGGGCGGGGGUUACCUCAAGCAACUGGGCGGGGGUUACCUCAAGCAACUGGGCGGGGGUUACCUCAAGCAACUGGGCGGGGGUUACCUCAAGCAACUGGGCGGGGGUUACCUCAAGCAACUGGGCGGGGGUUACCUCAAGCAACUGGGCGGGGGUUACCUCAAGCAACUGGGCGGGGGUUACCUCAAGCAACUGGGCGGGGGUUACCUCAAGCAACUGGGCGGGGGUUACCUCAAGCAACUGGGCGGGGGUUACCUCAAGCAACUGGGCGGGGGUUACCUCAAGCAACUGGGCGGGGGUUACCUCAAGCAACUGGGCGGGGGUUACCUCAAGCAACUGGGCGGGGGUUACCUCAAGCAACUGGGCGGGGGUUACCUCAAGCAACUGGGCGGGGGUUACCUCAAGCAACUGGGCGGGGGUUACCUCAAGCAACUGGGCGGGGGUUACCUCAAGCAACUGGGCGGGGGUUACCUCAAGCAACUGGGCGGGGGUUACCUCAAGCAACUGGGCGGGGGUUACCUCAAGCAACUGGGCGGGGGUUACCUCAAGCAACUGGGCGGGGGUUACCUCAAGCAACUGGGCGGGGGUUACCUCAAGCAACUGGGCGGGGGUUACCUCAAGCAACUGGGCGGGGGUUACCUCAAGCAGGUGGGCGGGGCUUACCUCAAGCAACUGGGCGGCGCCGGCGGUUACCGCGCGCGUCACAAGAGAAACUUCACGCUCUUGCUGAACAAUGAAGUGCACGACAUCACACUGGCUGCCAUUGGUCCCGGGAAACGGUCCCGCUGA